CACAACACAACAAAACACAACAACAGCCGCACCACGCCUUCCCCCACAUGCGACUGAGCAAGCACAAUCAACGACAACCAAGCAAGCAAGCAAGCCAACGAAAGCGGAAAGUGAUCGCAUCACAUCACGACCACCACCGGCGGCAGCGGCAAGCACACUUCGCGUGAUUGUGUUUAGGCCAAGCAAGGAGGGCAAAGGCCAAAGGAUUUCGAAUCAAUUGAUUGAUUUGAUUUGAUUCCGCGUGGUGUUGCUGGUUUUUGAUUGGCGGCACCUUUGCACGCGAGAGAGUGCUUUGUUUCCCGCCGUUCCUUCUUCGUUUUCGUUGCAGAGCGUUGCUUGAGUUCUUGGUCCCCCCCCCCGUCACUCACUCACUCGCUCACUCGCUUGCUUGCUCUUUGUGGCUCUUGCUUUUGUCGCGCGCUGUGCCACCUGGCGUCAUAUCGCUGCAGCAACACACACACACACACACACACACGCCCCCCUCUUUUCCACCGUUGUCCUCUUCGCAUCAUCUGCCUGAAGUCGAGAGUGAACUUCCUUUUUGUAUUUCCUUUCUGGACGGCAGCGCAGCGUGACGAGAACGCAAGAGCAGCAGCCCUCCCUUUCCCUUAUCCACUUCCCCGCACCAUGGCCUCCUUUCUGCGACGACAAUCGUCGUCCUCCUCCACUGCUUCGCAAGUGGGGAAAGAUCCAGACAUCGACAAAGUCUUGGACAAGUCCCCCCGCACAUCAAAAGAUCUCAUCUCUGGCUUCUCCCGCGUCGCAAGAAGCGUCGACUUUGAGGUCGCCGAUGGCCAGCUGGUGUAUCCGCUCAACUCCGAGGCGGAAAAGGUCAAGUUCCGCGAGUUCCAGGAGCUUGGCAAAGGCGACGCGCUGUUUGAGAAGGCGGGGCCCUUCUGGCAGCUUGCCUGCCUUCGCGCCCGCAAGUUUGACAUGCAGCGCUCCCUCCAGCUUGUGCGCAACUACAUGGUCUGGCGGGAAGAGUACGGCAUCGAGGAGUACACCAUGCACUCGGACCCCGAGCUCAAGGCCGCCAUUGAGUGCGGCGGCGUGCGGGCGUGCGGCAACAAGGACAAGCAGGGCCGGUAUGUCCUCACCAUCCGCCUGUGCCUGACAGACCCCAAGCGGUGGCCGCCACGCUACGCCGUGCGCACCGUGCACUCCGCCAUUGAGAUGGUGCUGCGGAACCACCCCGAGAGCCAGGCCCGCGGCAUUGUGUUUGUCAACGACAUGACUGGCGCGAAGAUGUCCAACGCAGACAGCCGCGUGCCACGGGAGCUCUUCUCCGCCUUUGCCAACAAGCUCCCGCUGCGCUUUGGCUGCGUGUACGCGGUAAACCCGCCGCUGUUCAUGCGGUUUGUGUGGCCGAUUGUGCGCCACUUCAUGUCGCGCAAGAUGCAGUCGCGCAUGAAGCUGCUGCCGGGCGGAUACCCGCAGCUGCGCCAGCACUUCACCGAGGACCAGAUCCUGCAGGAGAACGGCGGCACGUUCCCCUACGACCACGACGAGUACGUGGCGAGCAUCGCCAGCAUGCAGGCGCGGUAUGGUCAGCCGGAGGAAAACACUCUGCCAGAGUACCUCAGCAGCGCCGCGCAGCCCCGGGAUGGGGAGGAGGUGACGCUGACGGGCGCACGCGACGCAGACGCCACUUCCAUCACUAGUGCAACGCCAACUAGCACUGCCCUGCCCUCGCCAGUGCUGCAGCAGCAACACCACUUCCCGUCCUCCUCGUCUUCCUCAUCCACAACCACAACCACAACCACAUCCACGUCCACGACAGCGAGCGCCACACGCGCCGCUGUGUCCGCACGUGCAUCGCGCACACGAUCACAGCGCUUGGCUGAUGGCGAUGGCGCUGCAGAGACGGAGGAGGAGCGGCGGAAACGCCACGCGCGGCAGAACAGCAUCGGCACACUCGUCUUUGUCUGAUUUAUUGUUGUCGUCGUCGUCGUUGUCGUGAGUUGUGAGUUGUGAUUGUGGUUGAGUGUCGUGAGUCGUGAGUUGUGAUUGUGUGAGGAUAAGCAUUCUCGUGUGUCUUUUUUUUUUUUUUUUUUUGGAGUUUUUCGUGUACGUGU